AUGGCGCAUUUUGCUAUAUUCAAAUUUCUUCUGAUUAUAUCUGUAUACGCCCAUCCUAUCUUAAGCCUUGGUAUUAAUUGCCGCGGCUCUGCCUUAUGUCCGCGAGCAACUUGGAACAAUCCUGUCCCACAAUCCGUCAUCCAACUUCUCCGUGACGCUAUCUACGCCGCUCCCGAGCCACUCUCUACCGCGUAUCAGAAUGGUGAUCAUGUCAUUUGCGUUUCUCAGUCACAGCCAAUCACCAUCUCGCCAGGCUUCGCCAUUGGUGGUAUUACCGGUAGUAUCGGCCUCUCUGGAUCUAUACACGAAGGUGGCAUCUGUUUAUUUCCCGAGUACAUGGCGUCCGGCGCGUCGCUGACUCUGACCGACAUCCGACCAUUAUUGGAUGCGGUCCUUGAGCACGGAUGCACGACCUGUGGAAGCGUGCCCAUCCACUUUGUCGACGACGGAAAUAAUGAUCCAUCGGAUGGUAUUCUCACCUUCAACUAUGUGGCCAAUCCGUACUGCAUUGAUAACUGUAUCUCUGCGGUGGGUGGGUCCGAGUCGGAUGGGGACUCCACGACCAAAGGCGAGGUCGUGACUGUGACGGCAAGUGAAUCAUCAUCUACCAAAACCCCAGCCGAGGUCGUGACUGUGACAGCAGGUGAAUCAGCAUCUAUCAAAGCCCCAGCCGAGGUCGUGACUGUGACGGCAGAUGAACCAGCAUCUACCAAAACCCCAGCCGAGGUCGUGACUGUGACGGCAGGAAGAUAUUUCGACUUCAACGGGGUUGACUACAUCCGUAUUGCCUUCGACAAGUGA